AUGGAUAUUGCUCUUGGGUUAUUAGCUUCUGGAGCAAGUGGUGAUACCUUAAAACAAUUAAUAGAGUUCCUCAAUUGUGAAAGCCUCGACACUCUAAAUUCUAGUCAUUCUCAACUCAUCGACAUGUUGGGAGAAACACAAACCGGAUCUAAAAGCAUCGACACUCUAAAUUCUAGUGAUUCUGAACUCAAGGAGAUGUUGGGCGAAAUACGAACCGGACCUGAACCUGCAGGUCCUAAACUUUCUUUCGUCGGUGGAGUUUGGGUCAGCUCCUUCUCAGCCCUUAAACCUUCAUUCCAAGAAGUUGCCCAUGCAGUUUACAAAGCGGAAGCUGAGAAUGUGGAUUUCGCAAAUAAGAGCGAAGAAGUAUUGAAGAAGGUGAACAAAUGCGCUGAAAAGGAAACCGACGGAUUAAUUAGAAAUCUCCUACCUGCCCAUGCAGUCAAUCACCUUACCUUGUUAAUAUUGGCGAAUGCGCUCUAUUUCAAAGGAUCAUGGAAACAAUAUCAGUUUGAGCCAUCACUAACCAAGAUGUCAAAGUUCUAUCUCCUCAACAGAAAAAAAUCCGUAGAUGUUCCAUUCAUGUCAUCGUCGUGGAGAAAGCAAUAUGUUAAUUGUUAUGAUAGUUUCAAAGUACUGAGACUCCCUUAUUACCGAAAUUGGAAAAGCCUUUCAUAUUUUUCUAUGUACAUAGUUUUACCGGAGCAACAUGAUGGGCUCGGUAAACUUAUUGAAAAGUGGUUCCAACAAAAGAAUUCAAGAUUUCCCAAGUUCAAAAUUCGUUUUGAUUUUGAAGCAAAAAGUGUUCUACAGAAGUUAGGACUAGUUUUGCCUUUUGAUAAAUAUAAGGCAGAGCUGACUGAGAUGGUGAACCUUGACCGUAAGGAUAAGCUUCACGUUGAUGAGGUUUAUCACAAGUGUUUUGUUGAAAUUGAUGAAGUUGGAACCGAAGCUGCUGCUUCCACAUCUGUUAUUUGGAAUGUGGAGAGUGCCAUACGUUCUCCUACUCCUCCUCCCCCUCUUCCUGUUGAUUUCGUAGCGGAUCAUCCAUUCAUGUUUAUAAUCAGAGAGAAGGAAAGUGGUGCAGUGUUGUUCAUGGGGCAUGUCCUUAAUCCUUUAUCAGACUAG